UUUGUGGAAGGUGGGUCCUGACACAUCGGUUGUGGCGUUUGAGUGUUUCGAAUGCUGUGCAAACACUUCUUGAGGAAUGUCCCUAGAAGAAGUGGCUGGGUGUGUGAAUGGCACUUGCACAGCCUCCAGGAGUUCCAGAGGGGGGUGAAGCAAACGCAAUUAAGGGUUGGAGUGAAGUGGAGCAGCAGACUCCAAGGGGCCAUGAAGCCAGUGGAGAAGGGAAGAGCGCAGUCCAGGCAAGACUGGAGAGUUCUAUAAAAAUCUUCGCAUGGUUGCUGCUUCAGGAGUUGCUACCACUACUGCUCAGCAGUUUGUGCAGAUUGAGCCCCCAGGCUCUCUUUUCUUCCUUGGGCCUGACCCAGCAGAAGGGGCUCUGCUCUGUUCUUUUUCCCCAUGGUUUUCCCACGUGUUUCCGCAGCCGCUCCUAUUGGCACCACCUGGCCACUGUGCUCUGCAUCAGAGCGCUCGCUGCCUUUCCUCAGUGGGGGUGGCUGGAGUCAGCGUGUGGUUAAGCAAGUCUGAAAAGCACUUAGAGAGUCUUCUUGGGUAAGAGGUGUUCUGAUAAGUAUGAAAGUCUGGCUUCCAAAGCCAUUAUUCUUUGUUCGGUUCAUCUUUUUCACUGUUUCUACUCACGCCAUCCCAUCCUGCUGUGUGAAAAGAUCUCAGAGGGCCUUGUGAGGCAGAGUGCUGUUUCCGAUUCUCUUUCAGAUGCAAGUAUGGACAUAAUAGCCUAUGAUGAUUUCUUCAGUCCACCGCUUCAGAGAUAUUGAAAGGACACCCGAAUACCUCCAGCCGGAGAAGUGUGUUCCACCUCCUAGCCGCCCUUCCUUGGGAACAAUGUGGUUUAUUCGAGAUGGCUGUGGUAUCGCGUGUGCCGUUGUCACCUGGAUGCUGGUGUUCUAUGCUGACUUUGUAGUCCUUCUUGUCAUGCUGGUUCCCUCAAGAGAUUACGUUUAUAGUGUCAUCAAUGGCACGCUGUUCAACACCUUGGCGUUCCUCGCUUUGGCUUCACAUUUUCGUGCUAUGCUGACAGAUCCAGGUGCUGUGCCCAAAGGUAACGCAACAAAAGAGUUCAUUGAGAGUUUACAGCUAAAGCCAGGACAGGUGGUUUACAAGUGCCCAAAAUGUUGUAGCAUCAAACCUGACAGAGCACAUCACUGCAGCGUUUGCAAGAGGUGUAUUCGGAAAAUGGACCAUCACUGCCCAUGGGUCAAUAACUGCGUAGGAGAGAAUAACCAGAAGUACUUUGUACUGUUUACAAUGUAUAUAGCACUGAUUUCUCUGCAUGCUCUAAUUAUGGUGGGAUUUCACUUCUUGUAUUGCUUUGAAGAGGACUGGACAAAAUGCAGCUCCUUCUCUCCACCAACCACAGUGAUCCUUCUCAUCCUCUUGUGUUUUGAGGCGCUCCUCUUUCUCAUCUUCACCUCGGUUAUGUUUGGGACCCAAGUACACUCCAUCUGCACUGACGAAACGGGAAUAGAGCAAUUGAAAAAGGAAGAGAGAAGAUGGGCUAAAAAAACAAAAUGGAUGAACAUGAAAGCAGUAUUUGGCCAUCCGUUCUCUAUAGCAUGGCUUAGCCCAUUCGCAACACCAGACCAAGGAAAAGCAGACCCAUACCAGUAUGUGGUCUGAGGAAUUCUUGACCAGCAUUUCCACUAAGAUAGAAACAUAUUGCAGCACUACUGUUUAAAUUUUCCAUGAAUGUUUAAAACGAAAAGCAAGACAAACUUUUUUUUAUGUCUAAUGAAUGGCUGAUAAUUGCAGAGAAAAAAAAGCCCUGUAUUCCACAACUUCAGAUAAUUCUAUAUCUCUGGCUGAAACUGCUGCUGUUGCUUUUCUUUCUUUCUUUCUUUCUUUCUUUUUUUUUUCUUAAUCAUGUUAACUUUACUGGCUUUUGUUUCUCUCUGCUUUCUGUAUGGCAUAACUAAUGUGAAGGGAGUUUUCCUCCUCCGUUGUGACCCACCUCUUCUGAGUAGGUUUUCAUGCUGUCUGCUGACUGUGCUGAGCUCUGUGGAAGACAUACGAGUGCCAAGUCCUACACAGACACCUUUGGACUUCCUGAAGGAGCGCGCUGCUCUUUCAGAAGUGAACUUGAACUGGGAAGUAGACCCUUGACUUUACCAAAAGGCACAAGAUGAGAACGCAGCAAGAGAGCCAGUUGACCUGGUGAUUGCACGCAGUUCAAGUAUCUAAAGCAAACAUUGCCAAUGCUGCUUCCCCCUCGUUUUUCCUUCCAGCUACAAAAUCGAUUUCAUCUUUCUGGCAUUAUUUUGUCUGUUCCCUCCCUGGUGCGCAGGAAAUUGUUGCCAUCAUAGGGUAACUGUGUUGCAGAUUUAGAAGACUUUGUGGAUUUUUAAAAUGCCUUACAUUUGCAGAAAAGAAAGAGGAAGAAUCUGAUUUUCAAAUGCUUAGAAUGGGAGCAGCAUCGUGUUGGCGUGUGUUUGUCUCGUAAAUGAGCUGUUGGAGCAAUACCUGUUAAAUAGCUUUGAAAAACUGAUGUGAAUGCCUGGAGGCAGAUGGAUAAAGACUGACCUUGGUGGGAUGUGUCGUUAUGCCAGGGAGAUGGAUCCUACGUUCUUAGCAUCGCCCUGGUGUGGAGCUUUGUGAAUCUUUUACUGUGUAUGUGCACACCUGUGUGCAGACGCACACCGUGUGUGUGUAUGUUAAGGCUGGGAACUGGUGGUGGUAAGGAGCAUGUGUACUUCAUGGACUGUGUGGUGAUGAAAGGGGAGGGACAGAAGGCAUUCCAGAAACAGGUAAGGCCAAACCAUUCAUAACUGUGACCGAUGCCUUGUGUUCAGGCAGAAAUUUUGCUAUAUUUUGGAUCAUUACUCCUAUAGACUUAUCAGAAUAUUGCGAACAAAGGAAAAACUACUCAUCAGCUGUGUCCAGGAAUUCCAAGGAAUCUUUUCUUUCCUUGGUUUAAAUCAAAGCCGUAUUUUUUGGAA